AUGUCUGUUACCGCCGAUUUUGAAGCCGCAAACCAGCAAUACGCUGCGCAAUUCACCAAAGCCGAUCUUCCCAUGCCCCCGGGCCGAAAAGUACUCAUCCUUACUUGCAUGGACGCACGCCUCGACCCUGCCCGCAUGCUGGGCCUGUCGGAGGGCGAUGCGCACGUCAUCCGCAACGGCGGCGGGCGCGUCGCCGACGCCCUCCGAUCCGUGAUUAUUUCCCAGCAACUCCUCGGCACCCGUGAAAUCGUCCUCAUCCACCACACGGACUGUGGCAUGAUGACAUUCAGCGAGGAAGGGCUGCGCAGCAAGAUUCGGACGGAGCUCAACCAGAGUGCGGACCAUUUCGCGUUUCUGCCGAUUCGGGACUUGCGGCGGAGCUUGGCGGAUGACAAGGCGCUGCUGCAGAAGUCGGAGUUUGUGCUGGACGUUCCCAUCACGACCUACAUCUACGACGUCAAGACGGGGGCCAUCAAUAAGGUGUAA